AUGAAUACCAAUAUAUUCUCAUAUAUUAUUAAUGAAGUACAACUUGACGAUGAGAUUCGUCUUCUUUCCAAUCCUCCUUGUAAACUAUAUUCACAAAUUACAGUAUUUAUUUCUCCUGAUCUUAAUAAUAUCAAUCAUUUAGGCAUCCCCAAACCUCAAAACGCUUUUAUCUUAUAUCGUAAAAAUUAUGCUGCAAAACAUAAAUCUUCUGGUAGCAAUAAAGAUUGGAAGGUUCUUUCAAAGGAGGCCAGCAUUUCCUGGAAAAAUGCACCAGACGAAGUAAAAAGUUACUUUAAAAGAUUAGCAAAACUGGCUCGUGAAAAACAUAAAUUGAUUUAUGGUAAAAAAGACAGCACUACUGGUAACCAACUACCAAAAGAAUAUACUUUUAUUGAUCAACAACCAGAACUGCUACAAAAGAUUGAAGUUGAUAAUAAUAACAACAAUUGUAAGUUUUCAACGCCACCUUAUCCGUACCAUUCUUCUUCUUGUUGCAAAGAUUAUAAUCCAAAUCCAUCAUCUUUCGCUUCUUUUCUUCCAUGUUCUAUUUCAUCCGAUUAUAUUCUUCCUAUUAAUUAUGAUAACAACAUCAUCAACAAGACUAAUGCUCUACUCCAAUCCACCCAACUCAACAAUUUAAAUGAUAAAAAUCCUCUAGAAGGUUUUCAACAAUACAUACAAACUGAACAAACAGAUGUACAAUUAUAUAGAGAUUGUUUAGAUUUAUUGGAUUUUGUCACAAGAUAUAUAUGA